UAUUUGCUGUGAAUCUAGUUUAAAUUUCCUGAGAGAAAAGAGAGUUCACGAGCUGUUUCUGGAUUAAAGCGUCAGAUUAUCUGGAAGGUGGAAGCAGCAGCAGGAAGUUAUGGCUCAUAUCACCAUCAACCAGUACCUGCAGCAGGUGAACGAAGCCAUCGAGAACCACGAGGGUUCCUUCUGUGCCGAGCUGCUCUCCUUCAAACAUCCUCACGUCGCCAACCCGCGGCUCCAGCUGGUCAGUCCAGAGGACAAGUGUCAGCAGGUGUUGGAGCCGCCGUACGACGAGAUGGUCGCCGCUCAUCUCAGGUGCACGUACGCUGUGGCCAAUCACGACUUUGUUGAGGCCUACAAGUUCCAGACGCUCGUCGUUCAGUCCUUCCUGAGAGCCUUCCAGUCGCACAAAGAAGAGAACUGGGCGCUGCCUGUGAUGUUCGCUGUCACUCUGGAUCUCAGGAUCUUCGCCAACAACGCCGAGCAGCAGCUGCAGAAGAAGGGUAAAGGUCAACCUGGUGAGAUGUUGGAGAAAGCAGCAGAACAGUUGAUGAGCUGCUUCAGAGUGUGUGCCAGUGACAAUCGUGCAGGUAUCGAGGAUUCUAAGAAGUGGGGGAUGAUGUUUCUGAGUAACCAGCUCUUCAAGAUCUACUUCAAGAUCAAUAAGCUGCACCUGUGUAAACCUCUGAUCCGAGCCAUCGACAGCUCCAACCUGAAGAACGACUACAGUCCUGCUCAGAAAGUCACGUACAAAUACUACGUCGGCCGCAAAGCCAUGUUCGACAGCGACUUCAAACCAGCCGAGGAGUUCCUGUCCUUCGCCUUCCACCACUGUCAUCGCUCCAGUCAGAAGAACAAGAGGAUGAUCCUCAUCUACCUGCUGCCCGUCAAGAUGCUGCUGGGUCACAUGCCGACUCACCAGCUGCUCAGGAAGUACGACCUGAUGCAGUUUGUGGACGUCACCAAAGCUGUGAGCGAGGGGAACCUGCUGCUGCUGAACGAAGCUUUGUCCAAACACGAGACGUUCUUCAUCCGCUGCGGAAUCUUCCUCAUCCUGGAGAAGCUGAAGAUCAUCACCUACAGGAACCUCUUCAAGAAAGUGUAUCUGCUGCUGCGGACUCACCAGCUUCCUCUGGACGCCUUCCUGGUGGCGCUGAAGAUGAUGCAGGUGGAGGACGUGGACAUCGACGAGGUGCAGUGUCUCCUGGCCAACCUCAUCUACAUGGGUCACAUCAAAGGUUACAUUUCCCAUCAGCACCAGAAGCUCGUGGUCAGUAAACAGAAUCCGUUCCCGUCUCUCUCCUCCGUCUCCUAGACGACAUUACCCACAAUCCCCUCUGGCUGUGACGCUCCACUCACUCACCUUGAAACCUUUUGUACGUUGUUCUGUGAACCUGUUGAAUAAAGCAGCUGCUGGUUUGUUGUGAGUCGGAUGGAUUGUUGUGCAGCGACUUGUUCAGAGACACACAACAUUUUAUUCUUAUCGAGUUUUUUUUCAGUCACAUUUUAUUAUUUUGACUCUUCUAUGUUACAGAUGUUAAAUAAACAAAAACUGAAAUUACAUUAAAUUAAUUUGUGUUUUGUCAGGUAAAAAAGAGAAAAAGAUUUUCAUGAGCUCACGUUUUUUUAUUAAUUUAGUAUUUUUCAUUUAUAAUAACUCACAUAUUAAUGUUUAAUAAAGUAUGACUCCUGCUUCACAUUAAACAUGUUUCACAUCAAUUAAAAGUCUUUAUUUAUUCAAAGUUAUUUGGAUUUUUAACUAUUUAAUAUUUC